AUGCCCUCUGCGGGGCGCUGGCACCUGGAGCCCAACAUCCCAAGAACGGAGCACCACGAGGAGAAGCCAUGCAUGUGUGAGCUCUGCAGGAAGAGGUUCCGCUACCCCGAGUACCUGCAGGCUCACACCAAGGAAUACAUUGACCUCAAGAAGGUCUUUAAGGUCACUGAGUGCCCACAGAGGUUCCAGUAUCCCUCUAUGCUGCGCAACCAUGCUAAUGUGCACUCGGGGUUCAGGCCUUUUGCCUGUGAGCAGUGUGGGAAAAGCUUCAGGAGUUCCUGGAAUCUGCGUCAGCACAGCCGGACCCACACAGGGGAGAGGCCUUACGACUGCGAACACUGUGGGAAAAGCUUUGGGACUCGCUCCAGCCUGAGUCGGCGCAGCCGGACCCACACCGGGGAGAGGCCGUAUGACUGCGAGCAUUGUGGAAAAAGCUUCAGUACUUGGUCAGUUCUGCAUCAGCAUAGCCGGACCCACACCAGGGAGAGGCCGUAUGACUGCGAUAAGUGUGGAAAAAGCUUCAGGACUCGCUGGAACCUGCAUCAACACAGCCAGACCCACACCGGGGAGAAGCCAUAUGACUGCGAGCAUUGUGGUAAAAGCUUCAGGACUCGCUCAUACCUGCGUCAGCACUGCCAGACCCACACCAGAGAGAGGCCAUAUGACUGCCCCGAGUGCGGGAAGGCAUUCCGGUGUAGCUAUGCAAGGGCCGUGCACAUGCGCAUCCACACGGGUGAGCAGCCCUACAUUUGCCCGCAGUGCGGAAAAGGUUUCCGCUGCUCAAACACCUUCCGGUGCCACUUGGUGACGCACACGACCCAGAGUCCUUUCCAGUGUCCUAUGUGCGACAAGGCCUACCGAUGGCGCAUCUCUUUAACAGAACACCUGCAGACUCACAAGGUGACUCCAGCUCUUACCUGCGGAGAGUGUGGGAGAGUCUUCAGCCACCGCCACAACCUCCACCGGCAUAUCAGGGGGCAUUUCAAGGAGCAGCCGUUUGUUUGCCACUGCGGGAAGGGUUUUGGCCAGGCCGAAGCCCUGCACAAACAUGUCCGCCGAACCCAUCCUGGAGAGAAGCACUGA